AUGGCUUGUUCUUGCUCCCUCAUUCAAUAUCUCAUCAACAACAAGUCUUCAUUGCCAUGGUUGAACAGUCAAGAGAACCAGUUGGACCUGUUAUCAAGAGCUGUUGGCACGAUCGGCAAUGAUCUCGUGUCAUUUCUCAAUUUCUAUAAUGAAAAGAGCAAUGGAGAAGCUGUUAGAAAAUUAUUAUUAAAUUGUUCCGAGUUGGAUUCACAUCUAACGAGUAGUCAAAUGAAAUCCGAAGAUGAAAAACAAGUCUUGAUCCAAGCAUUUGAAUUUUCCGAAUCUUCAACCAAUAUGGAAGAUAAUAAGAAUACGAAACAAAAUAGUUACUACUACUAUUCAGAAAGUUUACCUUUUACUCCUAAAACGUUCAGAGAUGCUUCCUUGUGGUUGAGCCACAACAUCAAAGCAGCAAGAGGAAUUGCCAAGAUUUCUCUUCCACUUGCUUAUUAUGGAAUUAUUUUCCCAUUUGAAAACAUAUUUCCAAGAACCACCUUUCCCAUGUUCACACCAUCUAAAUCAUUCUUUGAUCAUCCUUUGUUUUAUGUCGGAAAUGCAAUGACAUUUUAUGGAAAUGGCUCUGAAAUUUCAUAUCCAUUUUACACUAAAUAUUUGGACUAUGAAUUGGAAAUUGGAGCCAUUGUAACGAAAGAGAUUAGGAACGCAACAUGUGAAGAGGCUGAAAAUGCUAUUGGAGGAUAUGUGUUGCUAAAUGACUUUUCUGAUCGAAGUAACCAAUUUAAUGAGAUGACGAAGGACAGAUUCGGCCCAAACAAGUGCAAAUCUUUUGGAACUGGUAUGGGAAGUGUUGUAGUGACACCAGACGAAAUGAAAGAAUUGAGUAACCAAGGAUUGCAAGGAAAGGUAUUAAUUAAUGGAAAGAAAGUUGUGGAAAGCAAAAAAUUCUCUUUAAACACAAGUGGCAAGUCCAUAGGAGAACCACCUUUCUAUUCUAUGGGAGAGACCAUUGCGUACAUGUCAUCUUCUGAAACUAUUUAUCCCGGAGAGCUUGUAGGUUCUGGAACCAUUCCCAAUAUGGCUGGAAUUGAAAAUGGUACUCAAUUAAGGGAAGGAGAUUCAGUCACCUUAUCCAUGCAACCAUUUGGAGCUUUAACACACAAAAUUGGACCUAAAGAUAAGGUUGAUCUUAUUGCUGGACUUUUAUAUUAUCUUCCUACUGGAGUGGACACUCGGUAUUGGUUGGAACCACAAGCAAAAACAUUUGAACAACUUUCUGCACCUAUUUAUUACGUUCAAAAAUCAGAAAAUGUAGAUGCUAUUUACAAAAAUGGAAAUUUCUACUCACCUGAAUCACUCACUGUUCGAAAUGGUUACAUUUAUAGCGGAUUGUAUGAUGGAAGUAUUCGAAGAGUGAAGGUGUUGGCACGAAGAAACACUUCGAGUGAUCAUCAAGUUGAAUUUAAUUAUGGAACUCCUGAAAUUGUAGCUUAUUCUUUCAUGUGGAAAGGUCACAACAUACCAACUCCAGAAAAAUGUUCAAAUCCUCAACAUGUUGGUAAGCCUCGUGACGCGCAAUUGGAAAAGGAAUGUGGUCGACCAUUGCAAGCAAAAUUUGAUCGUAAAGGAAUUUUAUACGUGACAGACGCUGUGUUUGGUUUACUCAAAAUUAGUUCUCAAAAACAUCAGAAAAUUGAACUUGACAAUGGUGCAUUAGCUUCUGACAUUGUUGUUGAAAGAGUUCUUGAAAUUCCAUUUGCCAACGCUCUCAUCAUUUCAGAACCUUACAUUUAUGUCUCCAUGACUUCCACUAAAUUUUCAAGAAACAAACACAUUUUAGAAAUUUUGGACGGAGGUGCCAAUGGAGGACUUUUCAAAUAUCACAUGCAAACCAAACAAUCUGAAAUGAUUGCCACCGAUUUACACUUUGCUAAUGGAAUGGUUUUGUACAAUCACUCGAUUUAUGUUGCUGAAACGGAUCGUUUUCGUAUCUCACGAAUUGAUUUGGCCACUCGAGAAAAGACCAUUCACGUCGAUAAUUUAAUGUGUGUUCCAGAUAAUUUAUCAGUUGUGAAAAAGAAUGGAAAACCGUUGGUUUGGAUUGGAUGUGCAGGACCAAGAAUUCCAACAUUGAAAUUUUUGUAUACUCAUCCAUCCGUAACUAUUCAAUUAUCCAAAUUUGAAUAUCUUGUGGAACAAAUAUUCCAAAUUGUGAGAAAGAAAAUUGGAAUUGCCAUUCAAAUGGAUCUCUUUGACAAGAAGGAAGUCACCAAAGUAAUGUAUGAUGCUACUGGAAAUCAUUAUCAUUGGAUCAGUGAAAUGGUGGAAGUUCAAUUGGUUGCUUCUGAUUCUGGUGAGUGGCCUCUUCAACUCGCAGAAGCUGAUGAAAGUAAUCCUCAAAAUUAUUAUCUUGUUGGUAAUGUGAAUUAUGGAGCAAAACUUGCCUUAGUAUCUCCAAUUCCUUAUUAG